GCAUUACCAUGGGCGAUGGCGUGGUUAAGGUGUUGGAAAAGCCAAGUAGAGUCACAGGCAUCAACUGACAACUCGGUAAGGCGAGCUGUCAAAGACGACAAGAACUUCGCCGUUAGCGACGAACCCUCUAAACGUCUCAAAAGUUACAGGCUGGAAGAGGUAGUUCACUGUCAGGUCUCGAUACUUCAGGGACACAGUAUAACACAAUACACUACUCAAAUUCUGGUAUUGACAAAGAUUUUCCUUGAAAAUGAGUUAGAAAUAUUAAUAAUGCACUUGAUUUUAAAUAUUUUAAAUGCACCUCCACCACAACUAACACCAAACUCGCAGCAUUGCUCCAGCUUUGACAUAUGCUGCCACCUCGUGAGUUUACAACGGUCUCAAAGGGGCGCAACUGUGAAGAAGUACAAGGCGAAGCGAUACAAGGGAGGUAAGUACGUUUCACCUUCACACUUAGGUCGUGGAUACACGAUGGCGGUUUUUCUUCGCCCCAGUCUGCUGGGCAGCAUUUAUGGCAGAACUUGCGUCCGGUGGAACUCCAACCGAACCUCAAUGUGUAAAAUUAACCGAUCCAUCUAUAAACGGAUGUACCCUGUCACACUUGUCCAGCCUGAUGGAUCCACCAUUGUAAUCCGCUACAAAGAGCCUCGACGAAUUAUCACACUUCCUAUAGAUAUUGAAACUCUGACUCCGGAACAGAAGAAAUUGCAGCUACAGAAACGAAAACCUAAACGAAUCAUUCAAGUAGUAGAAGAUUUUGAAGACGAUUUUGAUAUUGGCCGAUACAGGCAUCUCUGGAAGAAGUAAUCCCCUCUCCAUCAUCCUGUUUUACACUAUUUCAUAUUUAAAUUAAAUCAAAAUAGAUGUUAUUCCAU